CUCUCGGAAGGGAAGUGACGUUUUCCCAACCACGGCGCUGCGCUUGCGCUGCAUUUGAAAGCGGCAAGCUGAGGGCAGGAGUCGGGUGUGUGUAGUGGGUCGCGCGGCUGCUUUCGCCAUGGAGCUGUCUCUGCCUUCCUCCUCUUCCGUGGGUGAGUUUACCCUCUGGGCCGAGCCUUGAGGGUGUCUCUCUCGGCGGGUUCGCUUUCCGGCUCCUGCCGCUCCUCUCCCCGCCUGAGAAGUUUGUGGCCGUUUAACGGCCGCCCUGAAGCCGUGGCGUGGGAGGGGGCGUGGCUCAGUUCUGGCUCGGGUGGGGAGGGGCGGGGCCUCUUCCUGGCGACCGGUGGCUGUGACGUCACUUUGGCGUCGGAACGCGGGAUUCCUUGACUGCUUUGGGGCGAGUGGGGGGCGAGGGGAGAUAAGCGCCCUGGUUCUCCAGCCCAUCGCCGGGAGCCAUGAAACCCCAAGAUGUCUUCAUGCGCGUUCAGACGACCACCUCGGCCCCUGGUCGAGAAGUUACGUUGACCUUUAGGCCUGUUGGCUCAGGUGCGUUCUGCAGGGGAAGUAAUAUUUGGACCCUGUGGAUUUUUAUCUUGUGAACUGCCCUGAGAUCUGUAGUUAAAGGGUGGGAUACAAAUUUAAUAAUAAUAAUAAUAAUAAUUCCUGUUUCCUUGUGAAGCAUAUGGGUGAUGUUGUUUGAAGGGAUUCCCCCAUUUACACGUGUUCAAUUCACGUGUAACCGUGCAUAUGAGCGGCCCUGGAAAUCAAUAAGUGUGUGGGGGGGAGAGAGGCUUGAUGAGCCUCAGCAAAGCCCUGCUGCACCUCUAGCUUGUGAGGAGACCCCAGAGGUUGAAGGGGGCAUCAUCUUCGGGCUCGGGGAGGGUCUCCUCUUGACCUGAAGGUGCAAUGGCACGCAUGGGGGUUUGGAAUGUAACCCCUGCGUAAAUGAGGGUUGCCUGUGUUUAUUUCAUGAAAAUUAAGCAUUGCUUGCUGUUAACAGAAACAAACUCUCAAAGUAAUAAAAAGCAAUAUAAUUAUCGUUAAGAAAAAGUAACAACAAUAAUCUUGAAACUUCUGAAAAGCUAAAAUAAGAUCUUCAGGCUAGUUCACUGUUCUGUCAAUUACCCUCAGAGCAUUGUUAGAUAAAAUGGGGCAGCUACAUUGAUGCUGCCAUUUUGUAUUUUGUUAAAGAUAUUGCCUGCUCCUUGUUUUUCUUUAUGUGUUGACCUCUUUAGAUGACUAGACCUUUAAAUGAGUUGGUUAGCUAACUGUUUUGGAUCACCUUUUACAGUGUUUCUAUAAAGUUGUGUUUGGGGAUAGCUAGAUCAUUCAGUCUGUGGAGACUUAGUAAGCCAUGCACACCCUUUCCCAAUGCAGGUACUGAGCCAAUGACAUUGGGUUCCCCUACCUCUCCCAAGCCUGGUGCUGGUGCUCAAUUCCUGCCUGGAUUUUUGAUGGGCGAUUUACCAACUCCUGUGACACCACAGCCUCGAUCCUUCAGUGGCCCUUCCGUUGGUGUGAUGGAAGUGAGGUCACCAUUGCAUGCUGGUAAGUUGGUUCUGAACUGAAACCUCUAGUAUUGGGGUGGUAGGGGAAGAGUGUGCCUAUCCAUUUUGGUGUGCUACAGUUCAAAUAUACUGGUACCUCUUGCCUUUAGCUCCAAGGAUCAGAGGCUAAAUAAAGUGCCAUUGUUGCAUGUUUUAAGCACAGUGAUUGACCUCCUUUAUUUGCUGUUAGACCCAAAAUCACUUGCAAAGAAGGGAGGCUGCUGUCAAAACCAAUUAGAUCCCAUUCAUUAUUUGGAUGUACUCCUGCCUUAUCAAGAGUCCGUCUAUAGUGGUACCUCUGGUUACGAACUUAUAAUAAUAAUAAUAAUAAUAAUAAUAAUAAAUUUUAUUUAUAUCCCACCCUCCCCAGCCGAAGCCGGGCUCAGGGCGGCUAACAACAAUAAAACAGUACAAAAGUACAGCAUAGACAACAGUCUGAAAUCAUUCGUUAUAAAAUUAAUUAAUUCAAGCCACUGGCAACCAUUGGGUCAGAGCUCCGCGAAGAUUGCCGAGGGAGGGAGUCAGGCUGUGCCCUGGCCAAAGGCCUGGUGGAACAGCUCUGUCUUGCAGGCCCUGCGGAAAGAUGUCAAGUCCCGCAGGGCCCUGGUCUCUUGUGACAGAGUGUUCCACCAGAUCGGAGCCACAGCCGAAAAAGCCCUGGCUCUAGUUGAGGCCAGCCUAACUUCUCUGUGGCCUGGGACCUUCAAGAUGUUUUUAUUCGAAGACCGUAAGUUUCUCUGUGGGGCAUACCAGGAGAGGCGGUCCCUGUUCUGGAGGUCCGUUCUUAAGCCAAAACCGCUCGUAACAUGAGGUGCGCUUUCGCUAAUGGCGCCUGCUGGCGUGCGACUUCCGCUCGCAUCCCGGGGCAAAGUUCCGGGUUAGCGGAGCAUCUACUUCCAGGUUAGCGGAGCUCGUAACCCAACGUGUUCACUAAGAGGAUGGUAUGUAACACGAAGUUCCACUGUAUUUGGAUUAGAUUCAUUGUGUUUUACUUGUAUUUCAUAAGCAAAGCCUUAGAAGUAUGUCACAUUAAUUUCAUACGCCGUAUAAAUAUUGCAACCCUCCCAGUAACCCAAAGUGAACUACUUGAUGGGGGGGAUGGGGACGACGCACAGUAAAAUGCCCUGAACUUAAUUUCAAACUGUAAUUUGAAAUUAUUUCAUUGGAAUUUUAUUGGAAUAUUUGUGAAUAUUUUCAGACAGAAGAAUUCAAUAGUGAAUACUUCCUCAUUGUUAGAAUUUUAUUUUUUAAAAAUUAAGGCAUUGAAAACUAGGGCUUUCCCAUUUGCAAGUGCCAGCCAUGUUUUUCCCCUUGCUGUGUGUGUGUGUGUGUGAGAGAGAGAGAGAGAUGCCCCCCCUCAGAUAAUCUGAUGGUGCCGCUGGAGAUGUUGCAUCAUAUAAACCAGGGGUAUCCAACUUCCAAGAGACUGCGAUCUACUCCCACUAUAAAAAAACUGGCAGUGAUCUACCCAUCAAAGUUAUUGAGCUUUUUGGAAGACCACUGCUUCCCACUAAACUUUACAGAUGUCUUAACACAGGAAAAUGGAUGCAUAUUCACUGUCAGUCGAAAUUGCAAGCCCGGAAAGCCUUGAGCAAAGAUGGAAGAAUUAUUGGGGGGGGCACGGGGUCCCAUGAUUGUCCAGGAUCGACCAGGGAAACCCCACAAUUGACUGGUAGAUUGCAAUCGACCUGUUGGACACUCCUGAUAAAAACAAAAUGGAUUUGUGUUUUAAUUCCCAAUAAAUGGCAGGAAUUACCUUAAUACUAUGCCAGCAGUUGAUUACAUUACCAAGGUUUCAUUCAUUUAAAUCAUAAAGCAUGUCCGUUCCUAAUAAAGCCUAGUUUUGGAAGAAUUGUAUACCUGGUUUGGGUGUAACAAGAUGUUUAGGAUCAGAAAGAAGAACACACCAGCAGCUUGUAACGUUGUGCUGUAUUUCAUAUAGGUGGAUCUCCUCCACAGCCAGUAGUUCCAACACACAAAGAUAAAGGUGGUGCUCCACCAGUUAGAAGUAUAUACGAUGAAGUAGCCAGCCCAGGUCUUGGAUCAACAACUCUGACUUCAAGAAGGCCCGUAAGUGACCAUUAAUGAGGCUGCAAAGUUAAACCUGUUUGUGGUAACUAAUUCUCAUUCUUCUCUAGCUUGAUAGACAUUUCAGCUGUUGGAUACAUUUGCUGUGGUUGGGAAAAACUAGUACAGUGAUACCUCGGGUUACAUACACUUCAGGUUACAUAUGCUUCAGGUUACAGACUCAGCUAACCCAGAAAUAGUGCUUCAGGUUAAGAACUUUGCUUCAGGGUGAGAACAGAAAUCGUGCUCCGGCAGUGCAGCAGCAGCAGCAGGAGGCCCCAUUUGCUAAAGUGGUGCUUCAGCUUAAGAACAGUUUCAGGUUAAGAACAGACCUCCAGAACGAAUUAAGUACUUAACCCGAGGUACCACUGUAACUAAGUGCUUCCAGUAUGCUAAGCAGUUUAGAUUGUGUGUCAUCUUGUAAGUUCAGUGUGGAAAAUAUUUAAAAAGUUGCUUUCAUCAUUUUAAUUUUUAGUGGGCUAUACAUCAGUUCUAAAGGCAAAUAAAGAUGCACAAGCAAUUGCGCUCUCUCUCUCUGUGUGCAUGUGUGUGUGCACGUGUGUAUAUGUAUAUGUAUAUGUAUAUGUAUAUAUGGCAAUUGGAAUGGUACUGUCAACUUGUUACUAAGGUCAGUCUGGUAGCUGAGAUGUAGAGAGAUGAGUUCACACUAUAAUUGCUAUGUUGCUGGAAAAUAUGUAGGUUGAAAUAUCCAUCUAUUAGUUUUGCCUAACUUUACCCUCUGUGGCUGAUGAUGAACCUUGUCUGCAUCUCAGUACUGCAGAAGAGUAGUAUAUCAACUGGGGCUAAAUAUGAUAGCCGGGAUGCAAAAUGGGGAUUUGGAGGAUGUCUGUAAAAGGAAUCCCAAUACCAUGUACCAUUUAACUUUAUACUUUCAGUAGUCAAUUCAGUUUUGUUAGUUCUAAAAAGGACGUAGAAGAUACCCCCUUUCACAGCAGUUCAGUAGAUACAUGCAUGCCGGUUCAAGUUUUUAAUCUAUAAUAUUGUCUGAUUUUUACUGUGGAAGUGUUAUCUAAGUGGUGCAGAAUAGUUAAUUUUCUGACUUUCAAAACAGCUUCAAACCAAGUUCUGCACUUUUAUGCAGGUCAGCUUUUCGGUGACGCAGAGUCCACUUGUUGGAUCUAUGCCAGUGACUCCUGGAACAGGUAGGACAUCAUACUGCUUCAUAUAGUGCUCUAGCAUGCUAAUCAUAUGCUUUUUCUAUAGGCAAACCAGACAUCUGCAUGUGGCACUGACAAAGGCUGCAAUCCUAUACCAAUCUCCCUGGGAGUAAACCUCAUUAAAAUCAAUAAGACUUACUUAUGAGAGAAUAUGUAUAGGUUUGCAAUGUAAAAUGUUCCUGUAGGCCUGACAGCCUGGUGCACAUUAACUGAGCCUUGGCUUCUGUUAUGAAGUAGGCAGAGAGAUAGUAGCAAAGUUGUUGUCAUGAUGCCAGAUACAGUUUGUCUUCAGAAGUGAAAAUAUUGGUCUGAGAUUCUGCUACAGUGGUACCUCUGGAUGCGAACGGGAUCCAGAGUAUAUAUGAUCUGCUUAAUGGUAGAUGGGAUAGCUUGCUCCUAGAACCGUUCUUGUAUAGAACGUUAGUUAUAGAGGGAGGUUGAGCUAUUCUACUGGCUUUUGAGAUGCCAUUGUCAACACUAGCAGCUUUUUCCUACUAUUCUAACAUGUGAACAACAGUAUGAUUCUUGUUACUUGAGUUCUGUGUUAAUGCAUGGUGUUUGCUCUUUGUUUCAAAUUAAAAUGCCUAGUUCAGUUUUAACUAUAGUGAUAGUUGAGGUGCAUCUUACCACAAUUUAACAGGUGCCAGUGUUUUCAGUCCAGCGACUCUUGCACAACCCAGGAAGAGCACAAUGUCACCAGCUCAACUAGAUCCAUUCUAUACUCAAGGAGAUGCCCUAACAUCCGAUGAUCAUCUAGAUGACACUUGGGUAACAGUGUUUGGGUAAGUUAGCUGCAGUUCUGUAAGACUGAGAGGUGGUUAUGUUGCCAGGGAUGAGCAUGUACUCAUUUAAACAUGGGUCUUAACAGGCUUACCUAAGCUUUUCAGGGGCUGGGAUUCAAGUUAUGUUGGGGCAUAGGAUGAUGAUAAAAAAUAUAAGAGAUGAGACAUGUGGAUUUCUGCAGUUCAUACAACUUGGAUGAUGUUUGUUCAGAUUCCUCUUAUAUUUGGUGUUUGGUCUUGGCUAUUCAUGUUUUAUUAAUUUAGGAGAUUCAUUGUUUAUUAACAUAGUAAAGUUUAUAUAAUAGGACAAUUGAAACAUUCUAAACAUCUUAAUUCUUCAUCUUUACUCUCCUAUCUGUACACUGAAACACAUCCUGGUCUACAAUCAAUGCUAAACAGAAGUAUUUGGACUUCAGUCUUCUAGUGCUGUACUUGAGCUAAACUGUGCUGUGUUUUGACCUCUCUCCUUUUCCCAUCUUACUCCAUGAGACAAACUAAAAUGUAGGGAUGGGAAAUAGGUAGCAGGUUUGGCAGUGUUUGGAGAUACAGGUGACACUGAUCUGCCCUUCUGGAUACACUGCCAGUGGUUUAACGUUGACUGAAUUUUGAGUGGUUAAAUUUUAUUUCUGUUUUUUAUUUCCUGUCAAUAUUUCAGGUUUCCUCAAGCAUCUGCUUCGUACAUCCUACUACAGUUUGCACAGUAUGGAAACAUUUUAAAGCAUGUUGUAAGUCUAGAUUAGUACCUCUUUUUUAUAUAUAUAAAAAUAAAGCUCAGCCAUUAUGCUUAGCUUACUGUCUAAAUCUUACUGCUUCCUACUAAACUUUACAGAUGUCUAACACAGGAAACUGGAUGCAUAUUCACUAUCAGUCAAAAUUGCAAGCCCGGAAAGCCUUGAGUAAAGAUGGAAGAAUUUUUGGUGAAUCCAUCAUGAUUGGAGUGAAGCCUUGUAUAGAUAAAGUAAGUUGAUUUAAUAUUCAUUCAUUCAUUUACUUACUUGCUUGCUUACUUACUUAUUUAUUUAUUUACUCACCACCACCUGUGCAAAGUUGUGAUUGUGUAAGUUAAACAAGCAUAAGAUGACUGUAUAAAAAUUCUGGACUUUGUCACAAAGUGUGGAUGACUCUUAAUCCCGUGACCACCAUUUUUGUCUUGCACAGAUUGGCAAUUUCUGUAUAUCAAUACACUUUAGCCGAGCGCCUCAAUGCACUUUAGCAGAGUCCCUCAAUGAUCUUAAUUUGAAGUUUGGCCUGAUGUGAUAACAUGAGGAACUACCAAUACAGGACAUUAUAGGAAUAACAAUGUGGAGAAUUGGGUAGAUAAGCUGACUACAAUGUUUUGGGUACUGUAUUUAGUAUUUUGCUUCCAUUCCAGAAUGAUAGAGUGGUGAACUAAUAGUCAUAUUGCAUAUCUGGAGGCCACUAUAUUAAAGGAAAAUCUUCUUUAUAGAUUGAGUGCCAAACAUAAUAGCUAGCUUUUCAAUGUCAAUAUAUAUCAUAUUUCAAAAACGCAAACUCUAACCUUUACCAUGUCAGCCUACCUCAAAAGUAUCAUUAGAAGUCUAGCUUCUAAUGAUCCUGUAUUCCUCAGCCAUGUCUGUGUUUGGUAUCAGGCCCUCAUAGCUUGUUAAAUCACUGUUGACAUAUUUCACUAGCACAGUUUGGUAAUCAGACAAGUUCCAGUAAGUGAACUCUUCUGUACUGUCUCUUCAGUGAGAAGGGAGACUAGUGCUAGUGAUGAAACCUUACUUUCUUAGGCUUCCAAAAAUGCUUGGACUCUGAUAACUACUUUGUCUGAAUGGACUACUUGAUCUCUGUUUGCAGAAUGUGAUGGAAAGCACAGACAGAUGCACUGUAUCGUCCCCAUCUUCAGCCUUUACGCCACCAAUGAAAACACUGGGCACACCAGUGCAGCCUUCAAGCGCUCAAAGAAUCUCUACUAUGAGACCUCUUGCUACAGCUUAUAAAGCAUCAACCAGUGACUACCAGGUAUUUAGGGAAUACUGUGAAAAAGUCACCUUUAGCGCUGGAUUAAAGGAAUUAGCAUUUGUUCAUUUAGAAUAUACAGAUCUGCUACUUUGUGUGUGUUUCUUUUUUAGGUGGUUUCUGACAGACAGACUCCAAGGAAAGAUGAAAGCAUUGUCUCCAAAGCUCUGGAAUACAUGUUUGGCUGGUAGCAGAAGGAACUAAACUUAGCUGGAGCUUGUAAUAGGCUGUCAGUGCCUCUGGUUAGUUGUAUAACCAUUAAUGGCAGCAUUUCAACAUCACCUCUGCCUUCUGAAAAAGAACUUGGCACACAUGUAAUUUGCACUUUAACCGGCAGCUGGAUUUACACUUUAUUCUUAAGAUGUUAAACUGUUGAAACCAGUGUUUAAUAGUCUUACCUUCUAUAGUGAAUGCAUGGUUCAAGUAAAAAUGAACUUUUACCUGACAAGCAAGUCUUGGUUUCAGGACGUGAUAACACUGUUUGUAAUUUCUCAUGGUUUUAUUUCUCGCCUGGAAAUGUGGUAUAAACUCUCUAGAGGUUGCUGCAUAAAAUGCUGGCAUAGAUUUUGCUAGUUUUAAACCAAAUACUUUAAUUUGAAUGUUGUUCCAAACACAAUCGUGUUUAUAUAAACUUGAUUGGACAGGUUGUUUCUUAAUCCACAAGUGUCAAACCUUUUUGUAUCUUUCUUAAUAAAAAAAAUUGUGGUGCUAUUG